GGUCUGCAAAAGCUGCAGGCAAAGUGUUUUUAUUUGACAGAAAAUAAAACAGCAGGGGAGGUAUAAUAAUUAUCCAUGUAUACAUGGUGCCCCUUGUUUAAAGCAUUGGCUGCCUGUAGAAGGCCGACGACUAUUUUCUCUGUCUGUCCUGAAGUUGCUAGCAGACCACCAUUUUUAUUGUUCUAGCUAACCAUAGCCGCAAUGGUUUUGCUCUAGAUCUAGUCUAGCCUACUGAAAAUACGAUUUAAAGAGACAUCACAGAGUUUGCAAACAGAUCUUGUUCCCUCCUGACAUGUAUCAUAAUCUAAUCUAGAUCUAGAUCUAAAGAAUUCUAGUCCAAGUCUAAAACUAAAAUCUAGAUCUAGUAUUUGUGGGUAAUGAGAAAAAAAUUCCAUACAUUACCUGAAAGGAACACUUUCAUCUCCUCCAAAGUCACCCUCUUCCACUUUUCUAAGUACUUGUUCUCUCCCACAUCACUUGCGCUCUGCUUUUGAAAAGCAUACUCGUUGGUUUGUGCGACGAAAGAUCCAAUCUGUUCAUCGUCAAUGAAUGUCUUGAAGAAGUCAAUUGGUUUCAUGUCAACGUUAAUGGUAGCCAGAAGUGUGGCUCCUGUGAAUUCACUGACUGGGGGUUUUGAAACGUUGUUGGUGAACAUUUUCCAACCGGACUCUACAUCGGCGGGGUGGUCAGCAUCAUGAGACGGGGCAAAGUCUAGUACAUUUAGUUACCCCCGGUUCGGCUCUUCCAUCAGUACAUCGUCGGCUGUAAAUCCUUCAAAUUCUUCAUCAUUUGAGUCUUCCUCAGGCAUUAGAUCAACAAAGAAACGCAAAUCUUCCUCUGCUUCUGCCAUGCUUGAAAGGUGGAGCCCUGACGAAAACGCACUGGUCAGUGAAAAAAAGGCAUUGGUCAGAGGAUUGAAAACGCGUGGUCAACGGUAUAUAAAAAGCGCUGUUCAGGACCGCACAAAAAACUUGUUUCUCGGUUUCUAACGCUAACGAAUAGUCGCAAUCAGGCCUUGAGCAUGUGCGAGCACUGAUGCAAAUAGUCGCGAACAGAGCUCUAAGAGUUAAGAUGAGUUGACACUGGUCCAUCCUCUUGCUUGGUCUCGAAGCACCCAGGUGUAGAGUUGCAUGCCUUAAUAAAGAAGUAAAAAUAACAAAUUAUUGGUAGCUAUAACAAAUUUUUUAUCACAAAUGCUCAAUGUUGACCUCGCAUCGAGUCAAAUUGUGUCGCUCCGUCUUGCAUCUCAACUUGGGGACAAGGCUGCUUGACAGGCUUGAAGGGUGGGAGACUAAGGUCAGCCGUUCCCUCUUUCAACUCCCCUGCACCGCUAUCAGUUGUUUCAAUUUUGAAACCGCAACUUUCACCUUCCUCGUCUUCCUCCGCUGGACUUGGCAUAUUCGUUGGAAAUGAGUCGUCGUCUCUCCUGUCCUCAUAAAGUUGACAUCCAAAGGCUCAUUUAUCCGCUUUUUUGAAAAUGGGAUACUUUUUUCUCGAAUUGGCUUCUUCUUCUCUGUUUUUGGCUUCUUCCCAUUUAUGGGUUUUGUUGUAUCCGUUUUGAUCAAUAUUCCUCAGAUUUGCUUCUCUUUGUUAUAGCUUUGUUUUUUCUUUUGGGGCUAAUUUGGAGUUAGAGGUAAGAUGAGAGUGGGAGCACAAAAAUAAAAUCUCUCUACAGACGUUCAAAUUUCUUUUUUUUUUUUUUAAAGCUACAACUUUUCAGUGAAGACAGACGGUGAAAAUAUUUUGGAUUAAAAAAAAAUUAAGUUAUCUUUAUUGUAGCAUGAGUUUUUGUAGUUCGUCUUUGCACUUGUGGUCUGUUUGGUAUUGUCAGGAGUCUCUGUAAUUUUUGUCCCCUAAAAUUUGCUCUGUCUGCUCAUUUUUUCUUAACCUGAAGCUGAAGUGUAAAUCAUGAAUGAUGUAGGGUUUCAUAUAUUUAGUGAAGUACAGUAAAAAAACACCUCAACAUAAAACAAACUCACAAGACAUUUUGUGUAAAUGCGAGAUAUGGAGAAAUUGAAAAUUGGUGGUAGCUUCAGGUGUAGGCUUUGUUGAAAGAUGAAGACAAGUGAUGUUGCUGGAUUAGACUCCAGUUACAGUUAACGAGUAUUAAAUGUUACAUAUUUGAAGCUGCUUUUAUGGAGUAAGUAUCAAUAGUAAGAUUGUCCCCAGAUGGUAUUGUUAAAACGAAAAAGUAAGCAAGAAAGAAUUACUGGGUCAGUACUUUGUUUUGUAAACCUAGAAUUAUUAUUUGGGGACAAGUAGGCCUAGGUGGAAAAAAAGAGCUGUUAGGCUGUGUUGUAUUUCUGAUGUUGGACCAUGAUGGACCCAGUCCUGACGAUUCAGCUGCAGAGAUGACUCUUCAUGAGUAAUAGUGGCAGAAAAAUUGCCUCCUGUUGUUCCCUGUUGUGAACUUGUGAUCCAGAACAAGAGUCUUUGCUGUUUUCUGUCUUCAAACUUCUUUCAAUUUAUGAUUGCACCUCUCAUUCGAUAGCACAGUUUGACGGACAACCACCAUGGCAACCCUUGGGGAUGACUGCUAUUUCUUCUUCACGUCGACCUGUGCUAAGGGCAGUGCAUGUCCAUUCCGACAUGUUGAAGCUGCAAAGUCUAACAGAAUAAUUUGUCAGCACUGGCAGAUGGGAGGAUGCUACAGACCUAUGUGCAAAUUCAGGCAUUCAAGUUUUGAAGUUGUCCCAGUGGGGAAGACGGAAGUCGCAUGCUUUUGGGAGAGUCAACCGAGUGGAUGCACAAAAGCUAACUGUGGUUUCAAGCAUGUCAAACCGAGACCGACCAGCGACAUUGUCACUUCAACACAGCCAGCUACAGCUGCCGUCACUGCUCCAGUAGCUGAGGAGAGCUCUUCCGGCAAGUUCUCCGUCCCUCAGGUCCCCCCAGUCAUCAUUCAGCCAGCAGAAUCUGAAGAGAGUAAUUCUUCACCAAUCAAGCGACCCCCUAAUGUGAGCAGCCGUGAAAAUGGACAAACACAAGAAUCUAAAGCUGACCUCAAAGAUGUGCAAGCCAGUCUUAAUAAAACAGAAGGGGUUAAAGAAGAGAUUGGGGGUUUUGAGACAGAUAAGACUGACAACUUGAAUGUGAAAUCUGAAAAAGUUAACAAAAGCCCAGCACCUUCUGCAGAAGGCAAACCAAAAGUGAAGAAAGUUAAGAAACUGAGUGCAGGUACUGUCAAAGGAAAGAAAGUGGUAGCGAAGAAAAAACCUGGUGCUGUUAAGAAAAAAGUGGGCACUGCAGGUACUGCUGUCAAAGGAAAGAAAAUGCUAAAGCCGAAAGCUGGUGCUGAAAAGAAGGCUGGGACUAAAGUACCUCCUCGUCAGAAUGUCAAAGAUCGUUUGGGGUCAGCAACCACAAAGAACGUGGCCAAAGUUCAAGGGAAUGCUGAAAAGGACCAUGUUGAAUCAAGUGCUGAAGAUUCUGAUGAUUCAAUUGAAAACAUCAAAGUCAUGUCAAUGGAAGAGAUUUUUCGGCAAAAAGCCCUGGAGUCCAUGAUGAAAAAGAGGGCUGCUGCUGGGAAGGAACCUUUACCCACAGAAAAAUCUAAAGUGUCAACUCCAAAGUCUGGAAAUGUGAAGACAUUAACUACAAGAGGACUUCAGAAACAAGGGCUUGGUACGAAGCAAGUGCGACCUGUUACUAAAACGGUGAAGGUAGUGAGAAAGUCUGUCCCAGCUUUGAAAAGGAAAGAGCCUGAAGAUGAAGAAUCAGAAGACGAGGAUGAAUCGUCAUCCUCCUCGUCAGAAUCUUCCGACUCCUCUUCAUCGGACACUAGCGAGGAGGAAGACUCGGAGGACUCAAACGACUUUGAGCCUGAUGUGCGCAGAGUUGUGGUUGAUGUAGACUCCGAGAAAGCUGCAAGGAGAAGAGCAAAAGCAAGUCUUCUGGCUAAGAAAAAACUUCAAGCUCAAAUGGCGGAGAGUGCUAUUCACAGAAGUGUGACUGGGAGAGUAGGUAAAACAGGCAAGAAAGUGAAAUCUCAGAACCGCCUCUUCUCUGGAGCGCUGGAGUCUCUGGGGAAGAAAGCAUUGAAGGAAAGCAAGAAGCGAGUGAUCAAUAUGGACUAUGAUUCAGAUGGCAUCGUACCUGGUGCUCACAAACGUCUGAGCAUUCGAGACCGGCUGGGAAAGUCCACAGCAGACAUGGCCACCUCUGGGGUGUUGGCUCGAGCGUCGCGGCUGGUGGAAGCCCACGACGCGGGCGUGCACUCGGCCGGUGAAGGUUCUCCCAGGAAGACGGUGUUGAAAACCGCUCCGGAGCAGGCCAUGGAGUCGGAAGAUGAGUCUGAUCCUUUGUCGGAUGUGAAGGUGAAGACUCUGGAAGAGAUUCGUCGUGAGAAGAUAAGAAAGAUGGCUGCGGAAGAAGGCCCCGGUUCCUUGAACUUGUCUCCUGUAAGAAAAAGACUUGACAUGUCGACCUUUGACAAGGAUGAGGAACCCAGUGAAAGAGGAAGACAAGUGAUGAUUGUUACAGAACCAGACACCAAAAUGGAAAUUGAGACUGCAGUCAAAUCUUCUGAAGACCAAAAGAAGCAAAAGCGGAGACCUUGGAAGUCUCAGAAGCGCAACCUUGUGGAAGAUGGAGGAGAUGAGCGUAAAACUGUUAUAAAAGGGCCUGAAUUUUCUGUGGAAUUGGACUCGAACUUGUUUGGCAAGCAGAGAGAGGUUGAGACAGACGAGUCACCUCUUGACAAUUUGUCCCCUUUUGCACAGCUGAGAAGAAAAGCAUUGCAAAAGAAGUUAGAGAGUAGAAAGCAAAGACUGGGCCCAGUCGUUGUCUGUCAAGAAAGUGACAGCCUGGCAGCUGACCAAGACGUUCAAACGUCUCAAUUUGAAGCUGGAGAGGCCCAGGAUGGUCUUGAUGAUGGUGAUGAUGAAGGAAAGAAGUCGUCCAAGUCUCGUAAACAUAAGCACAAACACAAACACAAGAAGUCAAAAGGGGAGCGGCAAAUUUACAUGCCACCAGCAUUGAAAAAAUCAGUUGCUUUGGUGAAGCCCACGCAAGCCUUGUCUCAUGUGACAGAAACUGUGGAAGUCCCGGAGGUAGAGGACUCGGCUGCGGCUGUGCGUGAGGGCAGGAGGAAGAGGGGACCUCAUCCCAUGGCCGCAGCGUGGUCUGCUGGGCUUUCUCUGUCCUCGAAAGGCGGCAUGGUCAAACGUCCAGAGAUGGCGGCUGCUUCUGGUGCUGGUAUGGAAAGGAAAAUUUUUGCUGAGCCCACAGUGUCUGUUUCUGCCAGAAGCAGGUUGGGAAACGUCAGCACUGAGCCAGCUGCUCCGGCCUCUACUUCUGAAUCCUCGGAGGUUUCCAUCAAGUCAUUUUCUGAAAUCAUGGCAGAGAAACGUCGGAGGAGGUUGGAGAUGCAGGCACAGAAAGCAGCCUCUAGUACCCCUGGUUCUGCCCUCUCUUCCUCGGGCGCCCCUGUGAAGGUGCAAAGUACAGCAGGUGUCAAACCAUUCAACUCUAGUCCUCUGAAAUCUCGAGUACCCAUAAGCCCCAUUGUUUUUGAAAAAGAUCCUGUAUCAAGGGUCAAGUCACAACCCAUGCCCACAGCAGUCUCCAGCCUCAAGCCCACUGUUCCCGAACCGCCACAUGGGAGCUCAGCUGUGACUGUUAAAAACAGAGCAGCCUCUGCGAGCACCAGUGUUGUCCCUCCCACACAGAAAGUCUUGCCCAACACUGGCAAUAAGACACUAGUCCAAGGUGGAUUUACUCCAAAAAAGAAACUUUUCAAGAAGAGAGUGUCCGUCGAGAGGCCAGAAGAAGAUGCCGCUAUCUUGGACUUACACGACAACUCUUUAUCGUUAUCAUUGGAUUUAUCCGACAGUUCUUCACCCAUUCCUUUCAAAUCACCGAAAGUGUUAUCUGUGAACUCUAACCCCGUGGUGGGCAGUGAUAAUAACCGUAGAACCUUGGCCAGUGCCGUCGACGCUGCCCCCUCGUUCUCAGUCCCCGCAGCUGUGCCUCAGAACAAGAGACCAAUCCAGCCAGCCGCCCCCCUCCCUGCUCAGGGCGACGUGAGCCUCACCCUGUCCGCUGCCACAGCUCCUGUUGUGUCGAGUUCAUCUGCUGUGAAACACAAGUCUCCAGCUGCUGUUGAACCAGAGAUAGUGAAGAAAAAAUCUCGGCUGUCUCUCGAUGAUGAGUUUGCCUUGUUAGACGGUGGAGAUUUUGCUCAAGAGGAGAAUGCUGCGGCUGUGGAUGAGGAUAUUGAUGAUCUCUUACAAGACAUUGAUGACUUAUUGGCGUAGUGUCCUUCAAGAAAUGUUGUUUACAGAUGUUAUGGGGAAGUGGCAUUUUCAAGUGUGAUUUAAAAAAAAAAUAAUUUUGAGUGUGAACCUGAUCAGUGACCCAAGUAUAGUAUCAAAGCACAUUAAUUUUUUUAUUUUUUUUUGGUGCUUUUAGUGAUCAGACACCAUAUUGUUUAAUCUAUCAUCUAUAGCUCCAUCCGUUUUCUCCACCAUCAGACUUUACUUGAUGAUAUAUAUUCAGUUGUUAUUUUUCUGAAAGAUCUCAAAGUGGUUGAAUGAAUGGAAUAAUAUUUUUUCAACUUGAAUUUGUAGUGGACAUCCUUUCCUGCCGACUAAGAUACACUUGGUUUCAUGUAAAGUGCUUGGGGGGAUGGGGGGAAGUGAUCAUUUGCAUGUACAGGUCUUAGACGAGUUCGACUGUACUUUGAAUUCUUAGUGGGUCAGAAGAGGGUCGUCAGAAUUCACCCAGUUGGACUGAAAAGUUUCACCCUUCACUAUCUGGUACGUCUAUAGUAAUGCAUAUACCGGCGAACAUGUGAGAAAUUUUGCUGUUAACUUAUUUCUCUUAUUUUCCCCACUACUUCCACCUUAUAUUUGAUUUUGUAAAUAAAAAAAAAAAAAAA